CGAGGCAUUCAUGACCAACGAGGCUCCCGAUUCCGUACAAAGACCUUGUCUCCCAUAUCCCCUCUCCCAGUCCAUCCUCCCGAACCCUCGAAUAUCCCAGUCCUGCAGAACCAGAUCGACCCGGUUUUCAAUAUGACUUCGACGCAUAUUGACAAUGCCCCACCCCACUCUCUUGUAACUGCCCCGGCAGACUCCUCCCAGCCAACUAUCCCGGAGAAUUCAGAUGUACGCUCUCCUUCCGCCGACUCAAGCUUCUCAGACGCAUACAAAGAGCAGCCUGCCAAGGAUCAAGGCAAAGACGAGAAUGUCAAGGGAGGCGACCAAGGCAGAGAAAUCACCGAUGACUAUGCAAUGACAUUUGAUUCCGACGGAGAAGAACGUACGAGUAGUCAAGAUUUAUCACAAGCAAACAUUGAGCAGACGGCAGAGUCUCUGCCUGUUACCAUCCCAGCGACCAAAUUGCCUCCCUCUGUUGCCCACGAGCUUUCCCAUGUCGCAGUGCCUACCAACGACCAUACCACACAUACCAUACCAUCUCCCUCCCUCCCAGCAUAUGCAGAUGCUACAGCCGACUGUCUAUCCGAUGGCUCUGCAGAUGUGUCAAAGCCUAUGGAAAAUGGUACAGCUGAGUCGACAGCUCCCAAAACCCAUACUUAUGAGGGCAUUACCAACGGUGAUAUAGAUAUUCAGCAACUACUUGACAAUAUCACUGCAAAUGCCGAAAAGAAUGAACCAGCUUCGACUACUCCUGCCCAACCUUCCACCCCUAAUUCCACCCUUUCCAAAGGGAGCUCAACCUUGCCAUCCCAUGCCAGCCUUCCGCCACGCCCACAAAUUCUACAAAAUCGCAAUUAUGCAGAUGACAUGCAAAAGUACCACGCAGGCCCACCAGGUGUCCCCCAGCAGGCCAACUCUUCUAGGCCUGUAGGAGCGCCUCCGUCUCUUGUUGGUGCAGGUGCUCCUGGCACCUCCACCGAUCCUAGAGGUGGGCUUCCUCCUCCCCCAGUAGCAUCUUUUAGACCCCCCUCAUCUGCAAAACCCAUCAGCCCAUCCUCAUAUACCCACCUCAAUAGACCACCUGGGCAAAGUCAAGCCAGACCUGUUGAUGUUGAGGAUGAAGCUGAUGUUAUAGAUGCACGAUGGGGUCCUGAUGUACAAAAGAUCUACGACGAAUUCCUUGUAAAUGAGCGGAUGUACGUGACCGAGGGCAUUUGGGACAGGUUCCCAAAGAAGUCUCGUCUAUUUAUAGGUAAUUUACCUUCGGAAAAAGUUACUAAGCGAGAUUUAUUUCACGUCUUCCACAAAUACGGCAAGCUUGCUCAGGUCUCUAUCAAGCAAGCAUACGGGUUCAUUCAAUUUCACGAAGACGCUGCGUGUGCUGAGGCUCUAGCACGUGAACAAGGAGCAGAAGUCAGAGGACGCAAAAUGCAUCUUGAGAUAUCAAGACCACAGAAGAAUACGCGCAAUGCCGCCCAGAAUGCUCAACCGCCCCGUAGGUCAAGAUCCCCCGACUAUGCAAGAGGGGGUAUGUCAGACCGCGGUGGCGGACAAGGGCAAGGAAGUCGAAUGCCUAAUAUUGACCGCUACGACGGGAGAUCCAAUAACAGCAGCAUCCGCCAGGAUGAGUAUGGCCGACCAUUACGCAUAAGAGAUGAUUACCGGCCAGUACGGUCCCCUACACCACCUCGGUACCGGACUCGCGACGACUAUGCUCCACGUGGUAGAGAUUCCUAUGGAGGCCGAGAGCGUCAUCGAAGUCGCUCGCGCUCUCCAUAUGGAAAUAGAGACGACGGUAGAUAUCGCGAGAGAAGUUUGAGCCCUCGAGCACGUCAGACAAAUGAGGAUCUGGAUCUCCAGAUACCUCGACGAGACCAACGCAACGUACCCGACGUCCAGAUUAUCCUCAUGGACCAACUUGACCGAGCGUUCGUCUCCUGGGUGGAAGGCGAAUUCCUUUCCCGUGGCAUUAAGACUGAAGUGAUGUUCCUCAGCGCACGACUACCCCUCCAAGCAGUUAUCCGGCGACAAAUUCUCGAGGGUGUUUAUGCUGUCUUACAGCUUGAUAUGAGGUCCCAAAUGGAGAGCAAAGUCCCUUUACAAGUUUUCGAUCGCCAAGGUGGUGCUAACAAUGUGCGAUUCGACGAGUACCAAGAUCUAGAGCCCAGGAUCGCAGCAGAACUAGUACACCGUGCGAAGCAAGCCCAGCCCGUGCACCAACCUCCCCCCCAAACACAAAUUCCUCAAUACACCCAACCGCAAUUCGCAUCUGGCCAAGCCUAUCAGCCACCAAUCCAGUCACCUACCCAAUAUCAGCCGUCUCCAGCCCCUGCACCGGCUGCCCCGAAUCUUGCCAGUCUAGUAGGCCAGCUUGAUAAUUCUAGCCUUCAACAACUCCUUUACUCGAUGAAUGCCCAACAACCACAGCAACAAAAUGCACCUGCUGUUGCAUCUAAUUCUGCAAUUGACCUCGCUGGCCUCUUAGGUGGUCUCAACCCCCCACAGCAAGGAUACCAGCCGCAACCUACUCCAUCUCCAUAUCCCAAUCUUGCGAACAAUCCAGCCCUCGCAUCCAUACUUGGGCACGUGGCUGCUCCACCGCAGGCUCAAUCUCAACCCCAGCCCCAGCAGUCUACUCAACAAGUUCAGAAUAUAAUGGCUCAACUUGCUAGAUUUCGAGGAUAA